AUGAUUACUCCGAUCCUAGUGCAAUUUCAGGUGCCAGCAUGCGGUUCUACUCCGACAGAGGAAGGGUCAUUGUCAUACAAGAAUCAGUGCCAAUAUCAUUAUCCAGAAAACUCUCAAGAGUGCAAGAUAUUGGAAAUGCCAGAUUUGGUGAGGCCUAACCCACAAAUUUUUGGAGCAAACCUUCCCAUACACAUGGUAGGGUCCCUUGCCUCCUCUUCAGAGGACCCUUUCUCUCAGCAGCUAUCUUUGCCCCAAGUAGACCUCUCACUCUUCCCAGAAUGCCAGGACCUCACCCUAGAAACUUCAGGGAUGUUCAGGCAAUCAAAAACUUCAGGAACCGAAAGCGGCCUGAAAUUCCCGGCUACAAUGCCGCCUUCUGGGUUAGAGGGCAAUGCCCAGAAUGUGUCUCAGCAGGAAGGAAAUGAAAACCCUCCGAGCCCUGACAUCUUCUUCGAUGAGAUGUUUGAUUACCUCGAACCCCUUCCAAGCUCAUCAGAGUUGUGA